AUGUAUUUAAAACGUAUGGAGAUUGGAAAGCAAGAAGCUGGUGAUACACACUUACAAAGCUUUGAACCACCUACAGAAUUUAAUAUGAAUAAAUUCAAUAAUGGGCGCAAGUUUUUUAAGGAGCAUUUAUUCAGCUGCUGUAUUGCCAUGUUAUUUUCACUUAUUAUUGGAAUGAGCAUCCCAGACUUUUUGGAAGCAUUAUUGUUUACACGUGAAUCUGACACACCAAAAAAAGCUUUAAAGAGAUACUUGAGAACUUUCAAACAUGUUGCCAGCUGGCAUUAUGACAAUGUCUGGGAAAAAAAUUCUCUUGCUCAGAAUUCUAUACUUACUGUAAACAAAAUACAUAACAAAGUGAGAGAAGAUAUAAAAUCUUUAACACUUAAGAAACCACUUUCACAAUAUGAUAUGGGAGUAGUGCAAAGUGGUUUUAUGGGUGCUGUUAUCAUGUACUCUGAUAAAGCAGGCAUUAAAUGCUCAGAGUCUGACUUGGAUGAUUAUGUUUAUUUCUGGUAUGGAAUUGGCCACUUACUAGGAAUAGAUUUUAAAUAUAAUAUAUGCAGCAAUGGUUUGUCUCAAGCGUUUAACAUUUGCAAGGAAAUAGAACAUGAAAUUAUUAAUGUUUUUUUGGCAAAUCCGAAACCAGAAUAUUUUUAUUUAGCAAACACAACGGUAGCUGCUUUCCAAGGCGGAUCGAAAACUUUAACUCUGUUCACACUUCCUGUUAUUUCUGCAAUGUUUAUGACAUUAAAAUGGACAGACCUUAGUUUUAGUGACAAAGUUAGGUAUUCUAUUUGGAAAUUUAUUUUCUUUGCUGUAAAACAUUGCAGUUUUCUUAGAAGAUAUAUAAAUAACAGAAUAGAAAAGACAUUUAAUCUACACUUUAAAGAUUGAAUUUUUACUGGGCUGAAAAACUGUGUAAAAUUGUCUUUGUAAUAAUAGUACAAAAAGAAGCAUCUUACUUUACACCAAGAAUAUUUCUCCACCAAAUAGCUUUUGAUGUUUUGAAUACUUUUCUAGAAACAUGUGUUCUCCGUCCCAUUUAAAAGUGUUGACUUAAUCUUGGUUACUUCAGAUCCAGUGAUAGACAAGACACUGCUGUAAUGUUCCCAAUGUUGUAGCUAAUGUCUUGAGAGGAAGGAUGCUGCUGUGGCAGUGCUUUUUGUGGUUUUAUCCUUCACAAACAACUUUUGUCAACCACAACCUCAUUAUUCUGUACAAAAACCUAUUAUCAACUGCUCAAGAUAAUCCUUUGUUGCAAUUGAACAUGUUUUGACUUUUAACAUCUACAUUAAAUGUUAAAUUUAAGCAUUCAUACUCUUAUGAAGACUUUUUUUCUCUAUAUCAAACCCAGUGGUUAAUCUCCCACAUGUUUUAGGUAAUGGGCAUUAAUAUUGUAGCUGGUUACAUAACAUACCCUGAAUUCUAUUCAGUUCAGUAUAGCAUGUGGGUUAUUAUUAUAAUCUUACAGAUAGGGGGUGGCGUGGCCAAGCGUUUGCGCAGCUAACCCGCAAGCCUCAAGUUUGAAUCCCGGCAUCAGUCUGUAGAAUGUACCUGAGUCCACCCAGUUCUGAUGGGUACCUGACUCACAUUAGGCAUAGUGCUGACAACACUGUGAAUGCAGAAGUCAUUGAAACAAAUGAAUUCAACUUCAUCUGCCCCAUGUGUCUCUGGCACAAAAGGGAAAAGAUGAUGAUGAUAAUCUAUAGAUGAUAUAUUUUUAAAAUGUUUUAGUCUGAAACUUCUAUUUGAAACAUAUGGUGUUAGUGUCUAAAUAUUUAUAGGCCAACUGAAAUUAGAAGAAAAAUAAAACCUGACCACAAUUUUUUAUUUAUUUUCAUUUUAAUCUCAGUAGACAAAUAAUAUUUUAUUAUUUGUUAUUUGUGUCAUACAAUGCUUUGUUAUUAAUAAUAAAUAAACAUUGAAUACAAUCUGUAUGUUAUAAAGUUAAAAGUUGUUUGA